AUGAAUCUAACUGCUAAUAUUUAUGUCUUUCCCAUAUAUAUAACUGUAAUUCGGUAUGCAUGUUCGUUUUCAAAAACAAACAUCCGCGCCUUAACUGAUAGUUCAGAGUAUAAAGAUGCUGGUUUUGAUGUUAUGGGUGAAAGUAUUCUUGACGAUGAUGUUGAAGAGAUGAUGAUCAAUAAAUACAAGUCUGAGCUUGAUUACGGGUGCCCUGGUUUAGAUUACCUGGGAGUUGGGUAUGAUUCCAUUUAUGCCAACUCUCUAGGAACAGAUGAAUCCAUGUUGGACGCUGGCUACAGAGCACCAAUAAUUGAGUUCACAUGGAGAAAAAAUUCUCAAGGAUAUUCUCCAACACUAGGAUCACUUCAUCCUGUUGGUGGAUGGGUUAGACCUGUAUUUUCCUGCGGGAGAACAUCAAAGAUUCACGAAAUCCGCGAUAUGGAAGACUUCAAACAGGCCAUAUCAGCAAAUGCAAAGUUAGAUGGGGACGUGCCAUUCAAUGCCUUUUCUGGUUCCGCAGCUUAUAAAGAUGCCCUUUCGAAUCUCAAGUCUAAAAAACAGAAAAUAUACAACAAAACUGAACAAUGUAUAAGGUACCAAGUAGGAAUACCACUAAAUCUACCGUGGAAGUUGAUUGAUUCAUUCAUUGAGACCAUUGAACAUUUACCAGUUCUGAAAAGAAGCGAAGUCAAUAAUUGUACUAUCAACGACAUGAAGACUAAUUUAAAGGAUAAAUGCAAAUCUGUAGAUAAGUGGAUGAAGUUUUUUGAAAUGUUUGGAACACAUUUUACACAUCAACUCACAUUAGGUGGUAAAAUAACACAAAGUAUAAAGUUAGAUUCCUCACGUUUACAAGAUUUAAAAAAACAAGGAAUAGAUGUAGAGCUAGCAGUGUCCAGCAGACUGGGAUCUUUGGAUGCAAAUUUAACUGCCCAAACAAAAGAUCAACGAGCUAUACUUGAGGAUAUUGGAUUCGAAAAAAUGUCAAUUAUAGGAGGUAACAUGCCAAAAUUCCCUCUAACAGAUGCUGAAUUUGCCAUUUGGGGAGAUUCCGUAGCACAAAAUCCAAUGCCAGUUGGUAUUGUUGCAAGUAGUAUAAAACGACUUUUAAAUACAAAAUUGCAUCAUUCAUUCGACUAUGCUUUGCAACAAUACGCUCUAAUAAAUGGCAUCUCAUACGAGGAAUUUCAGAUUAUUAAUGGAAACAAAGCCAGUUUUAUAAAUGUAAUGGAUGGAGAAACCGUUGUAUCUUGGAAUACAAGAGGAACUGACAUAAAAUGUCCAAAGAAACACAAGGUCUUGUUUGGAUUUUCCUUAAUUUUUGGGAAUGAUGGUGGGCUUUCUGGAUUAAUAAAAUGCAAGACUAAAGCGUUUGUUUACAUGCAAUUUACAAGCACAAUAGGAACGGAUGCACCGUACCCUAUGAUAAAUCUAUAA